AUGGUCAACGUUGCCCAGCUGAUCCUGGUUUGCCUCACGGCAAGCGACGCAUUCAAGCUCAAUGGCACCUCGGAAAAGUGUCCUGAAUGCAGGAAUGGUACGAAUUACUAUAUGUGCAGCAUCAGCCAAUUUCCCUGCUGGGCCUGCUAUCAUGGCUUUGUACGCACCAAAAGAGGUCAGUGUAAGCUUGCGGAUCCUCUCCCCCCGGACCCGAAGGAUGAUGGAACAAACUUUUGGCUCGUGGAACCAAAUCAAGUGAUGAAAGUCCAAGCCAUUCAUCAUUCAAAUGCGACUGAAUGGCAAGAGGAAUCUUCUGCUGAUCUCGAGGAUUGGUACAUGGGUGUAGCUAUCGGUGGCAGCUUCAUCAACUAUGACAUCAUCGAAAUCUUUCCAUGGAUCAUGUAUGGACAACCUUGGAACAGUGCAGGGGUUUACUACAAAGAGAAGGGUAAGGGUCGAGAGCUCCUCUACCAGUACAAUUGGAAUAUUCGGCCGGGGAGAAGCUGGAAGGAGGACGGGCCUUGGAAGAACACCCGCGGGGAUGUAUCCAUUUCGUGCCAGGUGCAAGGGAGAGACAAAGGCUUUGAGGUGUGGGGUCACCUGUGCACCGUUCAGCUUCCUUUGUCUAUCACGGUGCAAGUGGAGGUCAAGACUAAUGAACAUCGUGUCUAUUAUAGGGGCGCGUAUGUGGAUCCAGCGACAGCCACCUUGCCGGCCAAGCACCUGCCAGACCCGUGGCAUUAUGAAGUCUUGCCGCAACAAAAUUUGUUUAAGGCGGACGAUGAUAUAGGCGAGCCUGGGACCUACUGGAUCGUCAAGGAAGAGAAUGGUGACGACAAGGUGAUGUCGAUUCAAGCUGCCUAUGGCUGGAAUCCCCCGGUGAAGACCCGCGUCAUCGCUAUCAGUAGUAGUUUCAUCCAGAAUGACGUCAUCCGUGUCUUUCCCAGAGUGCGUGUGGAUGAUUUCGGAGGACCACCUUCCUCUGACGUUGGCAUCAACUACCAAUACCACGGGGAAUUCCUGAGAGAAGAGGUUUUUUCGAAAGCCAACAAGGUGCCUCUUGGCCGCGACGGACUUGUAUUCGAGAACACUCGUAAAGAUGUGCACAUCCAGUGUGGCGGCAUUCUGCGAAUGACUGGGCACAUGGCCUUCAACACAUGCAACAUUUCCCACCCAGGCUCUGGGCUCGAAGUCAUCGUGGAGAUCUUCGAUGAACAUGUGGAUGCAUGGGUGAGAGCUGAAAAGGGUGGUAGGAUCACAGACCCAAUGAAGGUGCAGGGCCCGAGCGUGAGUUGCGCCGACAACCUUUUCCCCUUCUGGUAUGGCAGCCCAGAGGAGCAAGACACCGACCCCAGCUGGGGAGACGAGAAGACCAGCAGCCGCCGGCGAAUCGCGUGUCUCACCACCGACCCCCGCGUGACUUCUGGCCAAGGAGGCCAGAAGGGUGGUGGGUCAACCAAAGGUGGUGCCGGUGCAACCAAAGGUGGUGCCGGUGCAACCAAGGGUGGUGCCACAAGCAAGGGUGGUGCCAAGGGCAAGCGCCGCAGGUAG